GUAAAGGAGACCAAAGAAUCAAGAGACGAGGAGUUGCUGCGAAUAGGAAAGCUGAACCUCGUUGAUCUAGUCGGGAGCGGUAACAUAGGAAGGUCUAUUGCUGUCGAAAAAUGCGCUAGAGAAGCAGGCGCGAUAAACCAAAGCCUUCUCACUUUGGGUAGGGCUAUCACAGCUCUUGUUGGCCGUAAUCAACACAUUCCUUAUCGUGAGAGCAAACGGACGCGGCUUCUUCAGGAUUCUCUUGGUGGUCGAACUAAAAAUUCGAUAAUAAUGACUAUUAGUCCCAGUAAUCUGUGUCUCGACGAAACUUUAUCCACUUUGGAUUACUCUCAUCGUGCAAAAAAUAUACAAAAUAGGCCCGAAGUCAACACCCGCUUAAGCAGGAAGGAAAUGGUGCGGAGCUACAAUGAGGAGCUUGAGCGUCUUCGUCUGGACUUAGAUGCUACCAGAACAAAAACUGGUAUCUUUAUAGACGAACAACAUUUUAAUUUGAUGCAAAAUCAGCUCACGCAUCAAGUAUACUGA